CGAAAGUGGAAGGGCCUGGCGCGAAGCCACACCACCGCCGUGCGGAAAUCGGCCAGACCAUGUGGGUUUCAUCAACAAAUUUUCCGAACAUGACUAGCGCGGCGAGGUAACCUGCGCCAAGGAGUUUAAGAAGCGGCAAGUGAGCGUGCGUGCGGGGGAGGCGAGUCAUUCAGUCCGAGCUCGUGCUACUAGCUGCGUGCGUGGCGUGUCAAGUGCUGAACUGAAGACUACGUGUGUGUAUAUAUCGUACGGACAUACUGAGUACCAAUGGCGCAUGUUUGGGCGGUUCUUUUCCUGACGUUAGCGGCAGUCCACGGUGGCUUGGCCUGUACAUGUAUGCCGGCGCACCCCCAGACCAUCUUCUGUCAUGCAGGAGUCGCUGUUCGUGGGAAAAUCGUAAAGGUUGAAGAGAUCGGCUAUGCUCGUCCGACGCCGAACGUCACGAUAGAAGAGGAGGAGGAGGAAGAGUACCUGGACCCGUCCAUGAACGAAAUCCCUCUGGAAAUGAGGGCUAUGGCGGAGGAGGCUUACGUCAUCGAGUGGGUCCGUUACACCAUACGGAUCACAAAGGUGUUCAAAGGUGCAGAGAAGCUGGAGUUCAUCAACAAGAACAAGAACAUGGUGUACAUUUACACCAUGCCAGAUGGCGCGGCCUGCGGCAUCAAACUGAACCCCAAGCAACACUACCUCCUGACAGGACAUGUUCAUGAGGGCAGAUUUCAGGUCGGUGCGUGCGGGUGGAACGUGGAGUGGUCACAGGUCACCGUCAAACAGCGCAGGGGCCUGAAGUACAUGUACGGCAAGCACUGCGACCACUGCUCGAUCCAGACAUGUUUCUUCGGCGGCUACGGCUGUGACGAGACCAGCCCGAAGACGUGCGUGUGGAAGGGCCUGUUGGACGGGUGGCCCUACGACUGCCACACGGUGCACUCCGCCUGCAUACGCAAGCGCCACGGCAGCUGCGAGUGGUUCCACCCGCCAUCUCUCAGGAAAUGCGAGGACAGAGCGUUCCCCGUGGCGCGGGAAGGCUUCCACGAGCCGGCGGAGGGAUAUCCCGACAGCGACCCAGACGAGGAGGACCCCUUCUCACAACACCCGGAGGAGGGACUCCCCGAGCUGGAAGACGAAGAUUUCCCCACCUCGUUCCCAGAAUUCCCUGAGCAUCUCUUCCCAUGAUGCAACCAACUGAACUUUGAACUUUCUCAACUCAGUUGCCCAUAAUGGGCAAACGAUCUCGGUCAUAUUAUAUUCCACAGAGGGAGAACACUAUUAACACGUGUCACAAAUAAUUGGGGACGAAAUGUUUUGUAUCGGAUGUUACACGGACUUGCAGUAUUGACUCUCAUGGUUACAGAAACGCUGUACCUUUUGUAAAUAUUAUUGUAUUGUACUGUGCCGAGUGGCACUCGAUGCUAAUACCUAGGCUAUGUGAUACACAGCAAUACAGUAUAACAGUUCCGUAGAAAGCGAGUUAAUUUGUGAAGACUACCCACCUACGAUGAAUGGCUUUUCUCUUAGAAGAAUGCUUACUGUAAGCAGCGAAACUCUGUAAAAUACGCUCAAGGGUAGACGUUGACUUUUUUCUAAAUAACGAGAGUAAUAAAACUUAUUUUUAUGUUUCUAA